AAUGAUAAGGGACCGCCUUUGUUAAUGACAGACGGUGUAUGGUUUUGCGGCAGAUUUUGGAUAAUAGUUGGGGUAAAAUGGGGUGUUUUUCAAAAUACUUUUUCGACCAAGUAUGAGCGACAUAUAAGGGAGGAUAUUUGUUGAACAUCGGCAAGGAGUGCCCAGCCCACCGGAAAGAUGGAGAAUCUGAUUCCCACCAUCAACCGGCUCCAAGAGGUCUUUCUCACUGUUGGGGCAGAGAUCAUUCAGCUACCACAGAUUGUCGUGGUUGGAUCACAGAGUAGUGGGAAAAGCUCUGUGUUGGAGAGCCUGGUCGGACGGGAUUUCUUGCCUCGGGGAUCAGGAAUAGUCACAAGACGACCCCUGGUGCUGCAGCUUGUUAAUGUUGCCCCUCUGCCGGAGAGACUGAGGACUGAAAACGGAAAUGGUGUAAAACAAAAUUCACUAAACAGCCACCCAGGUGUCAAAGCUGAAGAAUGGGGUACAUUCUUGCACUGCAAAAACCAGAUCUUCUCAGAUUUUCAUGAAAUCCGACGUGAAAUUGAAGCAGAGACUGAACGCACCUCAGGCGAGAACAAGGGAAUCAGUCCUGAGCCCAUAUAUUUGAAGAUUUUCUCCCCCAAUGUUCUUAAUCUCACUCUGGUUGAUUUACCAGGAAUUACCAAGGUCCCUGUCGGGGAUCAGCCAGAGGACAUUGAAGCUCAAGUGCAAGAGAUGAUCUUGUCCUUCAUCUCCAAUCCAAACUCUCUCAUCCUUGCAGUGUCCCCUGCCAACUCAGACUUGGCCACCUCCGAUGCUCUGAAAUUGGCUCGUGAGGUUGAUCCAGAUGGUCGUCGGACGCUGCUGGUAGUCAGUAAACUGGACCUCAUGGAUGCGGGCACUGAUGCGCUGGAAGUGCUUCUGGGUCGUGUCAUUCCUGUCAAGCUGGGCAUUAUCGGGGUCGUUAACAGGAGCCAGCAUGACAUCAAUACCCAGAAGAGUCUGGAGGACUCCAUGAGGGAUGAGCAGGCCUUCCUCCAGCGCCACUACCCCUCUCUGGCGUCCCGCGCUGGCUCGCGCUACCUGGCCAAAACCCUGAGCAGGCUGCUCAUGCACCACAUCCGGGACUGCCUGCCAGACCUCAAAACGCGAGUGACUGUGCUGAGUGCCCAGUACCAGGCCCGGCUCAACAGCUACGGCCAGCCGGUGGAGGACCACAGCGCCACUCUGCUGCAGAUCGUCACCAAGUUUGCGAGUGAUUAUUGCAACACCAUCGAGGGAACAGCCAGAUACAUACAGACAUCAGAGCUCUGCGGAGGAGCUCGGAUCUGCUACAUAUUCCACGAGACCUUCGGCCGCACGCUGCAGUCCAUCGACCCCCUGGGCGGCCUGAGCGACCUGGACAUCCUCACCGCCAUCCGCAACGCCACGGGUCCGCGACCAGCUCUGUUUGUGCCCGAGGUGUCCUUCGAGCUGCUGGUGAAGCGGCAGAUUAAGCGUCUGGAGGAGCCCAGCAUGCGCUGCGUGGAGCUGGUCCAUGAGGAGCUGCAGAGGAUCAUCCAGCACUGCUCCUCAUUCAGCACUCAGGAGCUUCUCCGAUUCCCCAAACUGAAUGAUUCCAUUGUUGAAGUGGUGACUGGAUUAUUGAGGAAGCGCUUGCCCAUUACUAAUGAAAUGGUGCACAAUUUAGUCGCAAUCGAGCUCGCUUACAUCAACACAAAGCAUCCGGACUUCACAGAUGCAGCGCAGGUCUCUGCGUCUGUCAACAGUCAGCAGGCAGAAGCCCUCGAUGGAGGAAAGCGCUGGAAAAAUGAGAAGGCUGCGGAAGAAAAGGCUCCAGCCACAGGCUUUGGCAGCCCCAGCAAAGGCCAGGCCAUUAACCUCCUCGACACAUCAGUGCCCACCUCCCGCAGACUGAGCGCCCGGGAGCAGAGGGACUGUGAAGUCAUCCAGCGCCUCAUCAAGUGUUACUUCCUCAUCGUCCGCAAAAGCAUCCAAGACAGCGUGCCCAAGACUGUGAUGCAUUUCCUGGUGAACCACGUGAAGGAGCAUCUGCAGAGCGAGCUGGUGGGUCAGCUCUACAAGCAGCAGCUGCUGCAGGAGCUGCUCAUCGAGUCACAGGACACCGCCCAGCAGAGGACUGAGGUCGCCCAGAUGCUCGAGGCACUUAAAAAAGCCAAUAACAUCAUCGCUGAGAUCCGGGAGACCCAUCUGUGGUAACCAGAGGAAAUGAACAGUUCCCUGUCUGAGGAGGGAUUUGAGAGAACGAGAGUGUGUGUGAGUUUACUGUAGAGAAAGUGUGUGUGGCAGUACCGCAUUGUUCUCAUGGACCAAUGACAAGAGCACAUUCAUGUUGUUCUGUUGUGAAAGACGCAGCCACGAACAAAAUCUGUUUUCCAUCCAAGGUGUAGUGUUUUAAGAACUUUGAUGUAGCCGUGAAAUUGCUGUAAUAUCAUGUGAAUUAUUUAAGGAAAGCUUCAGGGUGUGUGCUGUUUUUUUUUUUUUCUUACCAACAAGUCUUCACACUGAACUGCUCAAGAUGUUCCCAAAACCAGGCUUCCUCUGAGCCUCUUUUAGCAGGUGCUAAAGUCUUGAUGGAUUCAAUUUCAACUUUAAUCUCCUUUUCGUGGCAGAGAUGGAAUAAAGUGAAAACCAAACUCCGCCUGCUGACUGCAGAGAGACGCUGAAGACAAAGUGUAGUCAUUUUCAGAGAUCACUGGAUGACUGCAGAUUGCUUUUCCAGCCCUGUAGUGCUAAUCACUCUCAGGUUUAUUUUCAACUCACUUGUUACAUAUCACCCCAUUUGUACUUUUGCAUAGCAUUACACCACGAUACAUAUCCAUAACUAACUGUUUGUCGCAUAUAUUUAACAUCCUGGCUUUGAGAUGGACAGCUACACUUAAAUCUGUGUAAAUACCAGGGAAUUGGUGAACCUUUUGGGGCUGUUUGAUUUCAGACCCUGGUGGCAGCAUCUUUUCACUUCUUCAAUUCAAUCAUCCACUUGCGUCAGCUGUCAAAAAAAAAAAAUAGGUGGGGGGGGUUCCAUGUUGUCUCUUUUUAACCAUGUCAGCAAACUGUCCCCCGGAAAGCAUAAAUUGUGAGUAGGUACUUCCCGCAUGCAGAUUUGUUUUACAUUUUCAAUUGUCAGCAAAGAUUUUGAAUUCAUUUAGAGCCAUUUGCUUCUGUGCCAAUCAUAAUCAAACUGUAAUGUUACCAGAUGUGUAGGAUUCUGCAUUAGGAUUUAUUUGUUGGGUCCUGGCUUUACCGAGUCGUCUUUGAUCAAAACCCCUUCUCAUAAGCUGAAUAUGUAGUUAUGUUUUCAAAUUAGGUUUUCUCAGGAAGAGUGUCUUCUGUGUCAGUCUGUCUGUCCCUCUGAAAACCCCGUUGAGGUUGCAUGUGGGUGUUCAGCAGUACGUCUGGAAAUGAAUGAGCUGUAUAUUUUGUAUUAUUUAAAUGCUUAUAAUACUGCGUCUACUGCCUCUGAGUUCUUGCCUGCCAAUAUUUGUGACACAUGUUUGUUCAAUAAAGUCUGCUUGGUGCUGAAAGACUAAAUUAAACUGUAACAAAAGAUGG